AUGACUGAAGCAGCUGAAAUCUCUCAGUUUUCAAAGAAGCAAGCUGAGGAGUUUAGGGAUUUAAUUUCUUCAGGAUACUCUGCUGUAGAUGUGGUGUCAAUGAAGUUAGGAGGGGUGGUGGUUUCCUGUUCAGAUGAAUGGUUUGGAGAAGCAAAUAAUCUGUUAAAAGCUUGUAACCCAAUUCGAGAGUCAAAUAAAUUUACUCCUGCGGGGGCGUGGUACGAUGGUUGGGAGACCAGACGGCACAAUCAAGAGGAAUACGAUUGGGUUAUUAUCAAGAUGGGGGUGGCAUCAGCGAAAAUUGUCGGCUGUGAGGUAGAUACAGCGUUUUUCAAUGGGAAUCAUGCCCCCUUUAUUUCAGUCGAGGCGCUUUUUGAUACAGGUUCAGACUUUAUUAAGGAAAAAGACCCCCGAUGGGUAGAAGUAAUUAAUAAGACUGAAUGUGGUCCUUCACAGCAGCAUUUUUUGUUGAGAAGCUCUCCAACAAAUGUGCCAUACACCCAUGUAAAGUUGAAGAUGUACCCUGAUGGGGGUAUUGCUCGGUUCCGGCUUUACGGGAAAGUUGUGCCCUUUGAGAUAUCUGGCCCAGAGAAUGGGAUUCAUGACUUGUCCAUGGCACCCAUAAUAAACCUCUCGAGCGUAUGCCAAGGUGCAAUUGCUUUGAGAGCAUCAGACCAGCAUUUUGGUGUGCCAGAAAACCUCUUACUGUCCGGCCGUGGCUGUGAUAUGUCGGAUGGCUGGGAAACCAAGCGGUCAAGAACUCCAAAUCACGUGGAUUGGGUAGUAAUCAAACUUGGACGCAGGUCAACGUUUAUCCAACAGAUUGUGGUGGACACCGCUCACUUCAGAGGUAACUUCCCACAAUAUAUUGAAAUGCAUGGAAUUUAUUCUGACGAAAUACCGGCGCAUGAUGAUCCACAAUGGCAGGAAUUAGUGCCCCAGGCAAAAACUGGACCUGAUGCAGAACACGUAUAUACAAUAAACAGUUAUAUUUCCCUUACUCACGUUAAGUUGACCAUUAUACCUGAUGGUGGUGUUAAGAGGGUUGGUGUUUGGGGGUUUUAG